AUGAAGAGGCCACACCCUCUUUUUGAGGGUGCUUCCGUUCACUCCACUCUGUGGUCCCCUUGCUACACUGCCACAUUUUCAGCUUCAACUAUGUACACUAAACAGCUUUCCCGCCCGAGCUUCAUUUGUGGAUGCUUCAAGAUUUUAGAAAAAAGCGUUUUGCGUCAACUCAGCAGCGUGAAUUUAAAGGGCCGCAGCUGUUUGACGUUGAAGGACUUCAGCCCUCAAGAAAUCCAGAAGAUUUUGUGGGUGUCCGCCGACUUAAAACGGCGCAUCAAGCGUGACCGAGAGCAUGUGUCGCUUCUACGAGGGAAGUCGGUCGCCAUGAUAUUUGAGAAGAGGAGCACCAGGACAAGAAUGUCUACGGAAACAGGCGUGGCUUUGCUGGGCGGCCAUCCUUGUUUCCUCACGGGCCAAGACAUCCACCUGGGAGUCAACGAGACUUGCGCUGACACUGCCAGGGUUCUUUCAGGACUUUGCGAGCUGGUCCUGGCCCGGGUGCAGCGUCACUCCACGCUGGAGGAACUGGAGACGGCGUCCUCCAUCCCGGUGGUCAACGGACUGUCGGACCUCUACCACCCCAUCCAGAUCCUGGCCGACUUCCUCACCUUACAGGAGCAUUACGGCUCUCUGGCCGGACUGACGGUGAGCUGGAUUGGGGACGGCAACAACGUCCUGCAUUCUUUUAUGAUGACCGCGCCCAAACUAGGAGUACACUUAAAGGUGGCCACCCCCAAAGGUUACGAGCCAAAACAGAGCAUCGUUGAAGAGGCCGAGCGACUGGCUGAAAGGCACGGAAGCCAGCUGUCGCUAACGCGGGAUCCCGCGGAGGCGGCUCGUGACAGCGACGUUUUGGUGACCGACACGUGGGUGAGCAUGGGGCAAGAGGAAGAGAAGCAAAAGAGGCUCCGAGACUUCCGGGACUUCCGUAUUACCUCGCGGACGACGAGCUUAGCCCGGCCGGACUGGACCUUCCUGCACUGUCUCCCGCGCAAAAAGGAGGAGGUGGACGACGAUGUAUUCUACUCGUCCCGCUCUUUGGUCUUCCCUGAAGCGGAGAAUCGAAAGUGGACAAUCAUGGGUUUGAUGGUGUCGCUCCUCACCGACUACAAACCACAAACGCCAAUACCCAAGUUUUAA